UUGUGUCUGUAUUCGGAUACAGACAGAGCGACGAUGUUACUUUCGCGAUACAGUUGCCAGUUCUGUAGAUAUCUCUGGUCGUGUACUAUUUGGUGAAAUUCGAACGCGAUCUACGUCACUUUUUUUGACCAAGUUCGAUAUUAACUACCGAGGUAAAUGUGCGAAUAAACGGUACCGCGAUGUGGCCGGAAUCUGCUGCGAACAACAAUGGCACUCAAAGUGCGGCGACGCAGCAGCAGCAGCUUCAGCAACAGCAACGUAAGAAGAAACGCAAAUGUCGUUAUCCUACAAAAUCCACCUCUGUCUGUGCUGCUGAGAAGCCAGCAACUGCUACGAAUUUCCCAGCUUCAAUCUACAAUCUGCGCAGAAAACGCUUACUAAAAGUGAAUCUGCUGUCGAGGACUCGACCAAUAGUAGUGAUUCGCGAAGCUGAACUGGAACGUAGGUUGUAUCGGGUAUUCAGACUUUCCCAAAGGCAAAAACGAGUCGAUCUUUUGGAUUUGGAUAAGCUCUACGAACGGUUAUCGACGCUAUUGGAUAAGUGGUCGUGUCCCGAGAACUUGAAGGCCAAAGUGAACAAAACGUGGUUGGAGAAUUGGUGCAAGAAGUACAACGUCGAAGUAACCAGAGAACAAUCUUCACCAGCAUCUGAUGAUCUACCAAAAGACGGUUUUGAAAAGGUGCUGGACGAGUACGAUGAAGAUGAAGUAUACUUGUGUUUCUGUUUCCAAUUCAGCUGGUCUAGUUUACCCGAUAAGCAUAUGGGUGCUGGGAGUAACGUAGAAGAUGACAUGGUUUGGUUGCUAAUGGCGGCCAAUCGGAGUGGCAGGCAUCGUACCAGGGUUUGUGUCGUGGGUAAGGAAUGGAGACCCGAAUGUUUAAGCCAUGUUAACAUGGUAAGCCAACCAGUAGUUUAUGCAGGAGGUGGAGAUGGACAAGUGACCAUGGAUUUAUUCACUUGGUGGUUUUAUCACGAGUUCUCCCCCGGAGCCUUAACCAUUAAUAGAAAAGUAGCUCUGGUAGCCGAAUCGGAAACGUUGCUUUCCUGCUCAUCUUUCAUUUCCCAAGAAACUAGAGCCAAAGUAUUCUGGAUUAAAGACAACCAGUCGAGAAAACCAGCCGAAGAAAACGUCGCAUUGACCGAAUUGAGAAUCAGAUACGCUAAAUUAUUGCUCUCAUCUAUCUACGUCGAAGAACCAAUAUCAGCUGUGCAAUCGUAUCUGGCUCAGUUCACCUUGAAAGAUGCGUUUCCCCUGCUGCAUAAAGCUUGGCUCACAAUUCGAGUUGAAAGUUUCACCAGAGCGUAUAAGCAAUUGGUUAUGUCUAAACGUGACUCAGCCACUGUCAGAGGUAUAGAUGGAUUCAGUGAUCUGGAGCAGAUCAAUGGUGAUGGUAGAAUGUUACUAGAGCUGCAAUGGAUGGCGCAUGAUUUAGGGCUGGAGAUAACCGAUGAUGAUCUUAUUAGUUGGGCUCGUACGGGAAGAGUUCGUCAAAUUGAGUCGAAUGGUGGAGCAGGGGCGGGAAUGGCGAAUCAAACUUUCAAGAAGGAAAGUUCACCCAGUGAACAGAUUCCGAGUGCUGCCGAAGCGGUGGAGUACUUGACGAAAGCGCUGUUGUGGAUGGAAACCGAAGCUUUGGAUCCGAAUUACUUGCUAUUUGUUAGGAAUAUCGUAUUGAUCGCGAAACAGGCUUCAGACCAAUUUGAAUAA